AUGGCUGCCGGCGGCAUUGCGCUCCUCCGCGCCAGUUGGCUACUCAAAGCCGCCAGGCGCGGCUCGCUCGGACCUCGCGAGUCACUCCCGCCGGAAGCAUUCAUCCCGCCAGCCUCGCCACCAUGUCCAUCUCGGAUCGUUUGCGUCUCCCACGUGACCCACCCAGACCCUUCCAUCCAUCUGCGCUCCAUUGCCAAUGCGCUCAGCCUGCUAAUCAGCGCCAAGGGUGAUGACGAUUGGGCCGUCUUCUGGGACGAUUUCUCGUUGGGCGAAAUGCACACAGGCCGUCGACCAUCGGUCGCCAAACGCCUUCAGUCGGCGGCUGUUCGUUCACUCUUCUCCCACCCAAGCACCUACGUCUUACUGCUCACCUGUGGUGGCGAGAUCGCGGGUCCCAGCUACUACUCAUCCGGCCGGUGCGUGCUCUACUCAGCCCUCGCCACGCUGGUCAAGGGCGGCCCAUUGUCGGACAAGGUGCUGGAUCUGGGCAAGGAUGCUGGGGCUGCCACUCACUGGCGGGAACUGGAGGGGCUGUUGAGAGCGGAUCGGAGGCCACCCCUCACUCCUGCGGCUUUCGCCGAGUUCGCCUCAACGCUGGAGCUCUCCACUGAGGCGGAGCGGGCGCUGACUGUGGAUCUAUACCGUUGUGGCUUCAACGAGCGGAUGAGUAGUGUGGAAUGCCUCUACUUUAGCGCACUCGGCUGGGGCGACGAGGAGGUGAGGCUGGUGGCCGCGGUGCUCGCUGAGCCGGCGCUCUUCAAGCUGGAGUCGGUUGUCCUCAACGGGAACGAUACCGGCGCCCCUGGCCUGCAGUCGCUGCUCGACGCCCUGCCGCUCUCGUCGCCGCGACUCGCCGAGCUUGACGUGAGGAACCAGCACCAGCGCGAGCCGGACGAGGUGGAGAGGCGGUUGCGCGCGGAGUGCGAGGCGCGGGGGAUAUUGGUCCGGACCUGA